AUGCAGACCAACGCCAAGAGCAAAAUGGUGAUAUUGCUUGCUUGGUCGCCGGCCAUCUCGUUAAAGAGAACAUGGCUGAUUUUACCAUCAAGGUUGCUCCUGCCAGCAGGAAAAGAAAAGCAAUCAGUGGCUAUGACAUGUUCGUUCAAGAAAGAGAUGAUGCUGCAGACGAGUGAGGUGUCCUCUACUGCUAGCAAGGAAAAACCCAACGAUUUACAAAACUUGAUGGCCAAGUAUGCGGAAGCCUGGAAGGCGCUCAAGAAAAAUAACCCUGACAAGGUCAACCAACUAAAGUUGAAAGCCGCAGAAAAGACCAAGGCUAGGGAUGCAGAGCCCAUUACCUCCGGAGGAAGACUCGAAGUCUACCAUAAUAAUUUGAAUACCAUCACUAAAAGCCUCGUAGCAAUGCUAGACAAAUACAAUUUUCAUGCCAUCUUAUAUCAAACCCUAAAAUCCAAUUAG